AUGUUUCAUUUGUUCACUCCGGAUUACUCUCACCUCACAAACUCAGGUCCUGCUCUGAAUAGUUACGGCGGCGCCGACUGCAAAAACGGGAACUGCAGAAGGCCAUGCUGCUACUAUCCAAACCUGCGAUGCUGUGGUGCUGACCUGCCGUGCUGUCCACCACCGCCGAAACCACUGCCGUGUUGCAAUCCAGUACCAACGUACUGCUGCUAUUUGACACCACCGUGUUUGCGGUAA